ACGAUAAAGCGAUGUCCCCUCUCGGCCACCAUAGAUUUCACCUCCUACCAUCAAGGCCAUAAACAUCUGUCCAUCACCGUCGCUAUAACAGUUUCAUCCGUUGAUCCAGGCACAAUGUCCUCCUCCAUCUUCCUCCUGCUCCUGGCGGGUCUGGUGGUGUCUGUCAUGGCGGACUACACCGGGAAGCUACUUCUCGUCUCCAUGGACGGCUUCCGGUACGACUACCUGGACAUGGUGGACACCCCCAACUUUGACGACUUCGCCAGGCACGGCGUGAAGCUUCCGUACAUGAACAGCAGUUUCGUGACGAAGACGUUUCCAAACCAUUACACCAUGGCGACUGGUCUGUGGGAGGAGAGUCACGGCAUCGUCGCUAACUACAUGUACGACCCUGAGUUCGACUCCACCUUCAACAAGCGGACGCACGAGACCCGUUGGUGGAAUGGGGGAGAACCGUUGUGGAUCACAGCCAAGAAACAGGGGUUGAAAACGGCAACGUACUUCUGGCCCGGCAGCGAGGUUGUAAUCCAAGGUGCGCGCCCUGACUACUGGUUCAACUACACCAAUCGUACACCAUACAGGGAGCGAGUGGACACAGUCGUGGACUGGUUCAAGGACAAAGACGUCAGCAUGGCGACGUUGUAUUUCCCCGAGCCUGACAGCACAGGACACACAUUCGGCCCAAACUCCCAGGAAGUCAGAAACAAGGUCAAGGAAAUGGAUGAUAUCCUUGGUUACCUCGUGCAAAAGAUGGCCGAGAAUGACCUUGAAAAGGAUGUCAAUGUCAUUGUAACCAGUGACCACGGCAUGGCGGAAAUAGAUAAUAUCAAUAAGGUGGUGGAUAUAACUGAUCACGUGGACAUGACAAAGGUAGCUCGUGUCCCGAGUUACGGCCCCGUGAUGCAGAUUCUGCCGGUAGAGGGCCAGGACGACGCCAUUAUUCAGAGUCUGACUGGUGUGGAACACAUCACAGUCUACAAGAAGGAGGAUCUUCCUGAACGUCUCCAUUACCGGAACAACAGAAGGAUCAUGCCAGUCGUCAUGAUAGCAGAGGAGGGUUGGCAGAUAACCACUAACAAAACAAGACAAGCCACAUCGACCAAUAAAGGAGCACACGGCUUCGACAAUGCAUUGAUGUCAAUGAAGCCAAUAUUCCUGGCUAGAGGGCCCAACUUCAAGACCGACUUCAAGUCCGAUCCUAUCCAGAUCGUGGACAUCUACCCUCUCGUGUGUAAACUGCUCAACGUUCAGCCAGCGCCCAAUAACGGAAGUCUGGACCGAGUCAAUGUCUUCAUCCGGGACACUCCUCCAACUUCCGGCGUUCCAAUGAUGACGUCACAUGUGCUGUUUACAUGGCUUCUCAUAGUUACAUGGAUAUUUCUGAAAUAAUGUUAUUUAUAGGCAA